UGGGGACCAGACUGGAAGAUGCCUGGGGGCCCGGGCGCGUCCUCUUCUCCCUCAGCAUCCUCAGGCUCCCUGCAUGCGGCGCCGUCGGGGAUCACGGAAUGCCCUCCGCCCCUGCCUUCCCUAGCCCGGGGGUCUCCACAAGCUUCCGGUCCCCGGCGCGGCGCCAGCGUCCCGCAGAAGCUGGCGGAGAUUCUGAGCAGCCAGUAUGGACUGAACGUGUUCGUAGCGGGGCUGCUGUUCCUGCUGGCCUGGGCGGUGCACGCGACGGGUGUGGGCAAGAGCGACCUGCUGUGCGUCCUAACCGCGCUCAUGCUGCUGCAGCUGCUCUGGAUGCUGUGGUACGUGGGUCGCAGCUACAUGCAGCGCCGCCUCAUCCGCCCCAAGGACACGCACGCGGGUGCGCGCUGGCUCCGCGGAAGCAUCACGUUGUUUGCAUUCAUCACCAUCAUCCUGGGAUCCUUGAAAGUCGCAUACUUCAUUGGAUUCUCAGAGUGCUUGUCAGCCACGGAGGGAGUUUUCCCGGUCACCCAUGCAGUGCAUACACUGUUGCAGGUCUAUUUUCUCUGGGGCCACGCUAAGGAUAUUAUCAUGUCUUUCAAAACACUGGAAAGGUUCGGAGUGAUCCAUUCAGUGUUCACGAACCUGCUGCUGUGGGCCAACAGCGUCCUGAACGAGUCAAAGCACCAGCUGAACGAGCACAAGGAACGGCUGAUCACUCUGGGUUUCGGCAACAUCACCAUAGUUUUGGACGACCACACACCACAGUGUAACUGCACACCGCCUGCCCUCUGCUCUGCCCUCUCUCAUGGGAUUUACUAUCUGUACCCUUUCAACAUCGAGUACCAGAUCCUGGCCUCUACCAUGCUCUACGUGUUGUGGAAGAACAUUGGGCGCAGGGUUGACAGCUCCCGGCACCAGAAGAUGCAGUGCAGAUUCGACGGGGUCCUGGUGGGCUCGGUGCUGGGUCUGACAGUGCUGGCUGCCACCAUCGCGGUGGUUGUGGUGUACAUGAUCCACAUUGGACGCUCCAAGUCCAAGAGCGAGUCAGCGCUCAUCAUGUUCUAUCUGUACGCUAUCACGGUGCUGCUGCUUAUGGGGGCUGCGGGGCUAGUCGGAAGCUGGAUUUACAGGGUGGAUGAGAAGUCUCUGGAUGAGUCAAAGAACCCGGCCCGCAAGCUGGAUGUCGAUCUCUUGGUGGCCACUGCCUCGGGCUCCUGGCUCCUCUCCUGGGGCUCCAUUCUGGCCAUCGCCUGUGCUGAGACCCGCCCACCGUACACCUGGUACAACCUGCCCUACUCUGUCCUGGUGAUCGUGGAGAAAUACAUCCAGAACAUUUUCAUCAUCGAGUCCGUACACCUCGAGCAGGAGGGGGUCCCUGAGGAUGUGCGCACUCUGCGUGUGGUCACCGUCUGCAGUGGCGAGGCUGCUGCACUGGCUGCAUCCACUCUCGGGAGCCAGGAGAUGGCCGGGGAUGGGUCACCUGCUGUCAACGGGAAUCUGUGUCUGCAGCAGAGGUGUGGGAAAGAGGACCAGGAGGCUGCCUGGGAAGGAGUAACCGGGACAACUCGAUGUCUGGACUUCCUUCAGGGCGGCAUGAAGAGGAAGCUGCUCAGAAACAUCACGGCCUUUCUGUUCCUUUGCAAUAUCUCGCUUUGGAUCCCCCCUGCCUUUGGCUGCCGUCCCGAGUAUGACAACGGAUUGGAGGAAAUUGUCUUUGGCUUUGAACCCUGGAUAAUUGUGGUCAACCUGGCCAUGCCCUUUUCCAUUUUCUAUCGGAUGCACGCAGCUGCUGCCCUCUUUGAGGUCUAUUGUAAGAUCUAGCUUGAGUCCUCAUGAAAGGAGAAGGACUGGGGAACAAGGGGGUUCUGCAGCCACCUGCAAAGGGCAGGGCUGAGCAAACACUGUCGGACAAAGGCGGGAAGGAUGUCUUUUGUCUUGACUGUGUCUGGAGUUGCCCUUGCCCUGAGUGAGAGCGAGCAGUUAGAUCAACUGCACAAGGUAGCUGGAGCCUGUCCUUAGCCAGUUCCAGUCAAAUCCAAAAUGGUUUGAGCUCUUUGGCUGAGACCCUGUGUUUUUAGAAGAAAAUGAUCCAAGUUUGGGGGAAAAUGAUGGAGUUUUUCAUAACAAGCAUUUCCUGUCUGUAAUUUAUACAACUGUGCAACUUUUUCCUGGCCACCUGUAUAUCGAUCCAUCUACAUUUUUUUUUUCCUGCUCCGGGUUACUGGGUUUGGAAACAAAUGCAUUUUAGUUUGUAGUUUAAUAUUUGAGCUAGUUUAAUUUGGGGGCAAAAUUACAUUUGAUCAACUGCAUGAGGGGUUGUUUCUAGAUUAAUACAAGCACAUGGCCUUCCCUAUAUUUUUGGUUAAUUUUUAUUUGUGAUCAUUUUGAAGUACUAAAAAAAUUAAACAUUGAUGUUUUCUUUCUUUUUUUUUGCUACAUCUAUAUCCAGUUUAUGACAUAGAAAAUCUGAAUAUUUUUGGAACAUGAGACAGGAAAAAUGACCCAUGUUAUAUUGUUAGCAAUUACGUUGAAACAUCUUGCUGUAUCUUUCAGUUGUGAUGAUGUGGAGACUUUUUUUUUAAUUGUUGUACUUGCUAGUGAUAACCUGACAUUUCUAAUUUUACUUCACGCUUUCCUAUUUGACAGUAUGAUGACACUUUUCUCUACACUGUCAUAAAUUCCUGGCAAAUAUCAUUUUACUGCUGUCAGAAUAUCAAGUGAAUGUACCACAAUUAACAUCCUUUGCUUUUUUUGAUUUUAGAAUGCUCACAGUUUUGCUUUCCUAAGUGGCCCUGCAAAAGCCAACCGUGUUUAUAAAACAUUUCUCUUAUUUAAAAUUGCGUUUUAAAAGAGAUGGUUGGCCCUAUGUAUUCAUUGAUCCCAAAUCUGCAUUCAGCCAACUUUGCAUAGAAAAUACUUUUUAAGAAUUGGGUCUUGGGGCUAGAGAGAUGGCUUGCUGCCCUCAAAAAAGAACUAGAGUUUGGUUCUUAGUAUGGCAUCAGUUGGCUUACAACUGUCUGUAAUUCUAGCUCCAGAAGAACUGAUAGCCUUCUCUGGCUUCCAGGGACACCUACAUUCACAUGCAAGAGUGUGCUACCCCCGUGGAUAAAAAUAAAAUAAAGCUUU